CGGCGAGGCGGGAUUUGCAACUCACCUCUAUCAGCUAGAUCAUCAAGUUCAACGCACUCUCUAGUGUUCGCCGGUGGUCCUUCUUUUCUUCACAUUCAUUUCUAUUCAAAGCGCUGAGCGCAUUUUUUCAAUUCAAGCCUCCAUCGCAAUGUAUUAUCAGACCUCUUUCCUCGCGCUAGCCGCAGUCAUUACUACCGUCCAUUCGCACGCAGCUAUUCUCGCAGCUGUUGGAGACUCAGGUACAAGUCAGGGCUUCUUGGUGGAUCCUGCCAUUGCACGUAAUUGCACGACUAUUUCGCCUUGUCAGCAAGAUGCUACCAUCAUUCGAAACUCUGAGAUCACUCAGAAUAUCGUCAAUGCUUGUGGAAGGACUGAGAUCGCUGGCAACAUCGAUAUCGGUGAGCAAACCGAGAACGAGCUGGCAGCCGGUCGCAUGGCCCAGGUGAAGGCUGGUUCGAUGGUUGCAGUGACGAUCCAUCAGGUCAACGCUGAUGGAGCCGGGCCUUUCGAGUGCGAUAUGGACGAGACUAGCAAUGCUGUGACCACUUUCAGGCCAUUGAAAGUGUCCAACAAUGUACCCGGUACCAACGGUCUCUCGCAAGCCAAAGAGAAGGAGUUCACCAUCAAUGUUCAGAUGCCAGACGACUUCAACUGCAUCGGGGCCUCGACCGGUAACAUCUGCACUGUGCGAUGCCGUAACAAUGCCGUUGCCGGGCCGUUCGGAGGCUGCUUCGCGGUCCAACAGACUGACGGAACAGGCCGUACAAACACUAGCGCUGCUGCCGUCGAUACUUCCCAGACACUUGAGGGUAUCUCUGCGCAAAUUCUGCAGAACAAGAAAGAUCUCCCUGCCGCCAUUGCUGCAAACCAGGCUGCUGGCGCGGCGGGCGGCAAUGAAGGAGCAAGCGCCAUCUCCGCACUACUUCCAACCCAGACUGCUGCUCCUGACAACGGAAAGGGCAAGGGCAAGGGGAAUCAGAACGGCAAGGGCAAGGGCAAGGAUAACCAGAACGGCAAGGGCAAGGGCAAGGGCAAUGAUAAUCAGGCUGGUAAAGGCAAGGGCAAGGGCAAUGGUCAAGGCAAAGGCAAAGGCAAGGCCGGCAAGGGCAAGGGAGCCGGCAACGCGGACCAGAACGCCAAUGGUAAUGGAAAAGGAAAAGGAAAGGGCAACGGCUUUGGAGGCUUUGGAGGCUUUGGGGGCGGCAACGUUCAGGGGCGAAGCGAGAGGCAGAGGCGACCCAAGUUUCUCUCUUAAGAGACUCCUCUAAAAGGUCACAUGUAGUAUACACAUGCACCCUUAUCCUCAAAGGGUCAUGUCAUCGACUGAGGAAGGAAUCUUGGAGUCGAGC